UCCAAGCUCGACGCGCCAGCAGCUCUGCCUUGUGUCGCACAUCGACUGCGUCUCCCCACACAAUAUCUCCUGCGCUGAACAAGCACGAUAAAAGCUUUCAUAGUGGUUGCGAGCGUAUUCGAGAAUUUACCGUCACCAUGUCGCGCCGCUACGAUUCCCGCACGACCAUCUUCUCGCCCGAAGGCCGCCUGUACCAAGUCGAAUAUGCUCUGGAAGCCAUCUCACACGCCGGUACCGCAUUAGGGGUCCUCGCAACCGAUGGCAUUGUCCUGGCGGCAGAGCGGAAGGUUACGAGCAAGCUACUAGAGCAAGAUACCAGCGCGGAGAAGCUGUACAUACUGAAUGACAACAUGAUCUGCGCGGUAGCAGGCAUGACCGCCGACGCCAACAUCCUCAUCAACUAUGCCCGUCAAGCCGCCCAACGCUACCUCCUCACCUACAACACCGAUAUCCCCUGCGAGCAGCUAGUGCGUCGCCUGUGUGACCUGAAGCAAGGCUACACCCAACACGGUGGUCUACGUCCCUUCGGCGUCUCCUUUAUCUACGCCGGCUGGGAUCCGCAACGGCAGUUCCAGCUCUACCAAUCGAACCCCUCAGGCAACUACGGCGGGUGGAAAGCGACCAGUGUAGGUGCGAAUAAUGCGAGUGCGCAGAGUUUGUUGAAGCAGGACUACGAUGAGAACUGCGAUCUGAGGCAGGCGUGUGAGCUGGCGGUUAAGGUUCUAAGUAAGACGAUGGACAGCACGAAGUUGAGCAGCGAGAAGAUUGAGUUUGCCACCGUCGGGAAGACGAAGCAGGGCACCAUCUACCACCGAUUGUGGGGUGCGGAAGAAAUCGAUGCACUGUUGAGGGAGCAUGGUCUGGCGAAGAAGGAGAGUGAGGAGACGACGACAGAGCAGCGUGUUGGCAGCGCUGGCUAUGCGGAGAACAGGCCGGAGACCUAGAGGACGGUGAAGUGGGAGGUGAAUGUAGGAUGACGUGCAUUGUAAGAUACCGCUACUGCUGCAUCAGCGAGGCGUCAGGGUAGGGUCACGUGCGUAGUUGCCCCGAUGCCGAUUACGGAAGGAGCAGCACCCAGGCAGCGCG